CCUACUGCCGGAGAACAAAAAGUGAGAACUACCGUCGGCAGGAUAACGUGGAAGACGACCACCUCACCAUCCCUCCGUAGUCGCAAUGGCGGCCGCGGCACUCCGGCCCCACCUUUCCCUUCUCUCGGCUGGCGGCGGAAUCCCCAACCCCACGCUCCAAACUCUAUCCUUCGUCGCCCCCCUCCUCCUCCGCCGCCGCUGCCGCCGCCGCAGCAGCGUCGUUCUCUCCAACGCCUCCUCGUCGCCCCCAUCCCCGCCUCCUUCGCCGGAGAAGGAGGCCGAGGCGGCUCCGACGGCGGAGUCGUGCGUCAACCUCGGCCUCGAGUUCUUCUCCAAGGGCAGGGUGAGGGAUGCACUUGAACAAUUUGACAAUGCCCUAGAGCUGAAUCCAAAUCCUACCGAAGCCCAAGCAGCGUUCUAUAACAAGGCAUGCUGCCAUGCAUACAGGGAAGAAAGCAAAAAAGCUGCAGAUUGCUUGAGAAUAGCUUUGCGAGAUUACAAUCUCAAAUUUGGUACAGUACUUAAUGAUCCAGACAUGGCGCCAUUCAGGGCAUCACCAGAAUUUAAGGAACUUCAAGAAGAGGCAUUACGUGGUGGAGAAGAUAUUGGUUCUGGGUUCCGAAGAGAUCUAAAGCUCAUUAGUGAAGUACAGGCACCAUUUCGUGGUGUCCGGAAGUUCUUUUAUGUGGCGUUCAUUGCAGCAGCUGGAAUUUCAACAUUCUUUACCAUUCCCAGACUUAUAUUUGCACUUCAAGGUGGUGAUGGUGCUCCAGAUUUUCUGGAAACGGCUGGCAAUGCUGCCAUUAAUAUUGGAGGUAUUGUCGUGCUCGUGGCUUUAUUUUUCUGGGAAAACAAGAAAGAAGAAGAGCAGAUUACAAAUAUCUCUCGUAAUGAAACCCUUUCAAGGUUACCUGUGCGUCUGUCAACCAAUCGCAUAACUGAACUUGUGCAACUCCGGGACAUUUCUAGGCCAGUUAUAUUGGCAGGUUCAAAGGCAUCUGUUACUCAAGCAAUGCAAAGAGCUGAGAGGUACCGAACUGAACUGCUCAAACGAGGCGUUCUUCUAAUUCCUGUGAUCUUUGGUGCUUCACUAAAAGUCCAAGGCAAACCAAAAGGCUUUGGUACUACAAGAUCUGCUGCAUCAGCUCCUUCAAUUGGGGGUGACUUUGAAAAACGUACUGAAUCUAUUGCGGCAAAAUCACGACUCAGAGCUGAGGUUCGAUUUAAAGCUGAUAUUGUCUCUCCAGAACAAUGGGAAAGCGCAGGCCUCCAGAAGCUCCAGUGCAUAGCGGACGGCUAAAGUGUGCGGAGAAUGUCAAGAGAGGGCGGGGUAGACCGAAUUUGACAUGGGAGGAGUCCGUUAAGAAAGACCUGAAGGAUUGGAGUAUCACCAAAGAACUAGCUAUGGACAAGGGUUUGUUGAAGCUUGCUAUCCAUGUGCCAGAGCCAUGAGUUGGUUGCGAGAUCUUAUGGGUUUCACCUCUAGCCUACCCCAACUUGUUUGGGACUAAAGGCUUUGUUGUUGUUGUUUAAGCAACUGUAGAAUAAUUUUGCAUGUUCUUACCAUUUCAACAUAAGAGAUCAACAUAAAUUACAUGCACUAGUCGUGAACCCAUGCAUUCACAAGGUUGGGCCUGUAUUAUGAGACAUUUUAUGUAUAUAUGUGUGUGUGUGGUAUAUGAGGAGCAAGAGUACAUACUCCCAGGAGUACAUAACCAUUUUCCUAUAUUUAUAUAAAUAUUAAUUAUAUUUGCAUACUUCAAGUUAAAUAUAAUAAAAAACAUGAUUAAAAAUAGUGGUGGAGUCAGGAUUCUACUUUGAAGGGGAGCGAGAAAAUGCAUGAGUUCCUGUUCAAUCUUAGCAUUAUAAAUGCACCUUCAAUUUUUGGUAUAUAAAAACAAAGAUUGUUUAAAAGGAAAUACUUAAUUAAUAAAUCCGAUCACAUACUAUGGUAUAAUAA